ACAUAAAUGUGGAUGCACGGUGAAUGUACUUUUUUUAAUUGGAGGGAGAGAAGGUAAAAGUGUCAGUCUAUUUUGACGCUGGGAACAAGAAUGAAGUAUUUAAUCACAGGUUUUCUCCUUUUCGGAGUAACUCUCGUGGCUGGAGACGUAAAAUCAAAAUUUGAGGAUGCAAAAAUUGUUUCUGACAUUUUGGACUCAACACCAACUGAAUUAAUUGAGGUAAAGUAUGGAAAUAUAACUGUCGACCUCGGAAAUGAAUUAACACCAACAGAAACAAAAAAUAUCCCUUAUAUUGAUUAUAAGCAUGAAGGAGGGCUUCUUUAUACUUUAUCGAUGACAGAUCUCGAUGCUCCAGUUAGAGGCUAUAAUCGUGAGUGGCAGCAUUGGCUUGUUGGAAACAUUCCCGAAAAUAAAGUAGCGAAAGGUGAAGUGCUCACAGAAUAUUUUGGUCCAGCGCCGCCUAAAAAUGCCAAUCCCCACAGAUACGUUUUUUUGCUUUUUAAACAAAAUCAAGGAGCCAUUACUUUCGACGAAAGACGACUUAGUAACAGAGACAAAAUGAGAAGUAGAUUCUCGAUAAAAAAAUUCGCACAAAAAUACAAUUUAGAAGGACCAAUCGCUGGGAAUUUUAUGAGAGCAAAAUAUGAUGAUUAUGUACCAACUGCUCUCAAACAAUUGGACUCGAGGAGCUCGCAUCAUCAUGGCAAUUAAGCCGGAUUCAACCCUAGGAAUAGUACCGGCGCCUUUACUCGGUGGAAGACAGCUUUGAGCCACAUGUUGAAGACUCCAAUCCCAAUUAUAAUCGUCGUACG